GAAAGGAAAUUUUUUUUUUCUGGGCUUAAAAUUUAUGUUGUUCCAACACCAGGUAAAAUUUAGCCCAUCACAUGAGUUUGCAUUAGAUGUGAAUGGGGGCCAAAAUCCCAAGAAUUUAGAGAGUGAAUUGAUAUUUCUGUUUUAUUUCAGCAAACUCCAGAAGACAAAGAGAGAUAGCAGGUGGCUACAAGGAGUGACUGGUGAAUGGUUUGAAGAAAUUCAAAGAAAAAAGUUUUGCAAUGAAACAGAUGUUAGCCAAAUGUUAAAACAACCACUUAUGUGCAGGCUCAGCAGGGAGAUGGCAAAAAAUGAUCCUGUGGAAUUACAAACAUCAAGAUCUAAAAAUCUACCUAAUAAAAAAACCCCAACAUCCUUUUCUUCUCGGCUGAGCUUUGGAUCAUCGUUUGCUUCCCUGUUCUCAUUCAGAAAACCCAGAAAGGAGUCUUUAAAGCUUCCAACACUGGCCCAGAAAGGAUGUGAUGGGCUUGCAGGACCUCCUGUGUCUGUGAAGGGAACUGCUGGGGCAAAAAUACACAGUUCACUGCUGGAAAAUCAACCAGUUGACAGUGCAUUUGUCCCCAAGCCAGCAGGCAUGAGGGAGGGAAGUGGCAUGUCUCCGUGGGACACCUCUCUGCUGGAGAAUGAGUUUUUCCGUGUUUUAGAUGAUUUGGAUAGCACACUGGCUCGGGAACAAUCUCCAAGCUCAGUGAAUACUAGAACACCCUUCAACUAUGAAUCACGAACACAGUUCCGUCGUUUUUACUCCCGUGGGAACAGACCCGGUAAUACCACAGGAAGACACAAAAAUUGCUGUAAUGAAACUUCCAAUAUGUCUAUCUAUGACAUCCUGAGACCAGGAGCACCUAGGGAAGGUUUUGAUACCUUUUCUCCUAGAGCAAGGACAAUUUUUGAUACAUAUAGGACAAGGAAGCCCAGAGUCCUACAAGAAGAUUAUGUUCAAAAGAAUACUUUUGGUAGUUCUUCUCUGUGUUUUGACAGCAGGCAACGAUCAGCCUUACCAGCCACAGGGUAUUUCACAGCAAGAAGCUUAUAUUUUCCAGCCACAGCUCAGAACAGGACUGGGUUUAUACCACAGAGACACCAGCGGAGCCCAAAGAGAACUCCCUUAUCAUCCAUCAUAUGGAAUAGAUCAGAUUCUUUAAGAGAUGGACAGAACCAGGAAGAGUUCCUGAGGGCCCCAUCACCUAUGGAAAUUGACCCUGCUGAUCAAUAUAUGUACCAUAGGUGUUUCCAGGAGAACGGGAGAUAUGAAUUUUACCAUUCACAGAGUAUUUACCAAAGUAUUGGUUUAAACACCCCCCUAGACAAUAGAAUGAGUCCUGACCCAUUCGAGAACUCAGAGAAUAUGCCAUUCUACCAUCAAGACAACCCAUUCUCUAGGUCUUUCUUUAGCAAUACCUUUGGACGAGGUAGAGAACAGAGAUUUGGACAAAGUCCUUUUUGGGGCCAACAGGAAGAUCAUUCUUCCUGGUCUGACUUUUAUCAAAACAGGAAACCUUUCACUUCUUCUGACAGAGACUUUGAAAUGAUUUCCAUUGAGGCAAAUAGUGCAUCAGCUGCUUGUGGCCAUAGUGUCCCUUCUCAACGCUGGGGAUCAUUUUCUCCUGGUUAUGGACCAGAUGUUUCCAGAGACCAAGAAGAGCCAUGUCCCUGGCAGUUUGAUUUUCAGACAUCCACACUGGAGAGCAUGGAGGUGUCACAAGGCAAUGGGAACCAGUUGACUCCUCAUUUCGGCACACCAAAUGUUUGUCCUAUGACUGAUUCAAGAUAUCAUAUCAAAUCUGGUGGGUUGAAAUGUCUACAGGACCGUUCUCCUAGAGAAGGACAUUUGAACAAAGAAGCUUACUCACUUGAAAUUCCUCAGCCUUUAGCAUCCUCAUUCAAAACUUCCGUCUCCCAGAUUUCAGAUGACAAAGGGAACCCUCAAAGUUCCAAUUUUCAGAAUCCCACAGUCACUUUGCAGGAAAUUAUUCCCGAUAAACCUGUUUGUUUUCCAAUAAGAAGCCAUACCGAAGUCAUUGUGACCAACAAUGAUUUUACUGAUCCUCCACCUCUUGCUGGAAUCCAACCUAGUAUCUUAGUCACAGACGAGAAGAAUGAGAAGGGCUUGCAUGACUCUACUGUAGAAAAGUACAAACAACUAAAUGAAAUGGACCAGACAAACAUGACAGGUGAAACACCACAACCUGUUUUACAGACAGGGAUCUCUAACCCCUUACCUGAUUUUCAAAAUCCCGUGUCCCAGGACUCAGACGAGGAGAACAAUCAGUUUGUUUUUAAUGCAUCUACCACAGUAAGUUCAAAGAGGUCACCCAGAGUCCUUCCCAGGAAAGAGAUCUCCAAAAUCUGCAUAUCACACAGAGAUAAAGCCAAUGAACUUAAAAAAGAAAAGAAUUUUUCUGGAAACAGAAAACUUGGUUCAGAAACUUUCUCUCUUUUUGUUCAGGACCGCAGAACAUCACCGUCUUUUCCCAGCCCAAAUCAAGGUUGUCAUCGGGAAUUAACAAUACGUAAUGAAGAUUUAGUUUUUAAUGAAGAUAUUUCAAUCAUUAUUAAAAAUAACCACUGGAGCACUGAAUCUACUAAUAAUCAAAACCCACAGUCUCCAGAAGAGUCUGUUAUUUUAGAUUCUGAACGAGAGCAAUGUAGCAUAACCCAUUCUAUCAACUGCAACAGGUCUGCGGCCAGCCACAAUGUCUCAUGUAAUCCCUUAGGCCUGUCAUCAGAUGUACCACAAGAUUCCUUACCAUUGAGUAAUUCUUUCCUUGAUGCUCUGGCGAUUCCUUCUACCACAGAGUUCUCAAGGAGAAGUCCUUCAGGAAACGAUCCAUCUCUGGGAGAAAGAGAAGAAAAAGACAAUGCUAGCAAGAACCAAAAUAAUCAGUUUGCUAUAAGCCCGAUAGAAAGCCAAAAGAAUAAUGAUAAUUGUGUGCCUAUACAUGAUAAAAUGGUUGAUGUUGUCAAAUGCCACUCACACCAUCCUUUCAGGGAUGGAAAGGGAAAAGGAAAAAUAAGACGUCGUGUAUCCUGUGUUGAAAACUUAAGCAAACCAGAAAGUAGAUUAACAUCCACAAAGGACAGCAGUAACCUCAGUGAGGUGAAUCAAGGCAAUUCCAAGGCUCCUGAACCUUACACAAUUUACUGUACCUUACUGAGAAAAUCACCCAGUUUUCUCAUCAAUAACAGGAGGUCAGAAAGUAAUGUAAGGGCUGCUUCAUUUAGGAAUUGUCCACUUCCAUUCCAAAUCAAAAAUGAUGUGGAAGAUCCAAUCAGGAAGUAUACAUCAAACAAAAUCAGUCCCAGUUCUCUUGAGUCAGACAGCGAAUAUUCCAAAGUAGUUUCAGACUCAGUUCCAGUAGCACCUGCAGCAGAAAAGAGGAUGACAAAUAUGAAAAGCAUUGGAUCUGUUUCUGUUAGAAAAGGAGCACUUCCUUUCCUCAUCAGGAGGGCUGUGUCAUGUCCUUCAGGGGAGCCAUAUUCCUCAACCGGAAAUGAUGAAAGAGGAAAAUGCUCAGUCUCAGACACUGAUGCUUCUGCUCCAUCACAAAGGCCCUGGGAGAGAGUCACUAACACUCUGGAAAGUGACUCGUCCAUUAGGGAUUGUUCUUUAACUAAAAGCCACCAUCAAAACGAAUACCCUCAAGAAUACACUGAAAAGGAUGAUAAAAUUGUAGCCUCCAGGACAGGUAUAUUUUCCCUUCCAAACAAAGACCCUUUACCUUUUUCCUCAGAAGUGUCAGGAAAGGAAAGUGGGACAGCAUUACAGAAGUAUAAAACCACUAGCGUGUUUUCUGUUUCUGGUGAUGAUGAUAAUAUAAAAUGUCUUGAGGUGGUUUCAAUAUAUUAUACUCUCCCAAGGAAACACAGCAAAAAAUUCUGUAACCUCCUUGAAAAGUAUACACAACAUACUGAUUCAAUUACAGAAUCACCCAGAGUGGGGACUGAAAUAUUUCCUAAUGCUUCACAAAACGACAAACUAAAUUAUUCUACACGAGAGCAGUCAGGAACACCUUCAUCUGAAGAUCAAAAGAUGCCGGGUAACUCUGCUCAGGAGAACAGCCCUUAUCUUUCUUAUGCAACUGCAAAUGUGACUGUUUUACAGUUACCAAAUAGUGGGUCCUCAGAACCUACAUUACAGGAAAUGGCUUCUGUUGAGGCAAGUGUUUCUCUUCCUAAAGGAGAAUCUGAAAGUAGGGAGAUUUUCCCAGAUAACUUUACUAAAACACUUCUAAGUGAUUCACGAAGCAGAAAAAAGAAAGGAAAAAAAUUGCAAAGGGAAAUCCUGCAUAGUUCAUCAAUGGUUCAGGAAAAAGUAUUUACAGAGGAAAAAUUGGAAAAUUGUCAGCAAUCCAUUAAAUCAGGUAAUGAUGGUCCCUGUAGUCUCUCAGCCUGUUCAGACGAUAAUGUUGAAAAUUCUCAAACUAUAAGAUGUUCUGGGGAGAAUGUAGGUAGUGGUAAAGCUAUUACAUCUACUGGAAGUGGAAAAUGUCCCCUGGAAGAUAUCAGCACAGCCAUAGCUGUAGAUGAUAGCUCCAGUGGGUUGCAGACUAGGGAAGUAAGAGGGAAGAUUGGAACAGAUUGCCAACAAAUGACUGAUAAAACACUUUCUGAUUCAGAAAACCAUGUCUUUGCUGUUACUCUAGCUUUGCAUAAGCUACAAUUUGAUGAGGAGACUUUUUUAGGUAGACCAGAUGUAGAGAGUUUGCAGUCUGAACCCAAGGAACUACCUCAAAAAAGUCAAGAGGUAAAUAAGACAGAGAGCAGGAAGGCUAAAGAUGAAAUACAGAGAUUGGAAUGGGAUCAACUUUCACUUUCUGGAGGGAGUAACGAAAAUAAAGCCAGUUUGGAUGACCUAGAAAAAGGAAAAAACAGGUCUGCAGUUAAACACAAAUUGGUGACCAUGUCCAAAGCAAGCAGAAAAUUCCCUGUUAAAGAUUUAAGCCCAAGAAGACAUGUAGCUACUAUUUUCACUGAAAGUGGGAGAAGGUCUAGUAUUGGAGGUUUAGCUCCUGGCACACGAGAGAGCAACCCACUGAUCCCUGAACCCACUCCAACGUCUGCAGAGUCCACAGAUGGAAGCAGAAGACUGAGUAAUGAUGGAGUUGAUAUGGAGAAAUUUGAGACCCCUCUCCAGGUUACUGUAAUAUCCAACAGAGAACUUUCUGUGUGCUUACGUGAUCAGAAGUCUAACGUCAACAUUUCACAACCACAUUGGAGUGAAUUUAAGAACAUCUCAGAGGCAUUACCAAAGAAUGAAAAUUCUAUAGAUGUAAUAGCAGCUCAGGCUUUGGAAAGAGAGUCAGGAACUCUGGACCAGCCCACAUUCAUCAGCCUCAGGGAAGCAGGGUUCUCUGACCGUCAGAAGAGGUUGAGCCCUCCUUGUCCAGUGGAGCCCGCAUGCAAGUCUCCUGCAAUAAGCAUUCCAGAGGCCAGAUGUGAGCAGCAACAAAGGAGUGCUUCAACUCCUGAGUGGGAACUUGAGCCACACAUGUAUCGUUCAAAGAGUGUAAGAAGCAUCAGUGUACAUGGCGAUAAGCUAUACAAAAAUCACCCUCCAAAAGUCAGAGAGCGCCAUUUUUCUGAAAGCACAUCUAUUGACGAUGCCCUGAGUCAGCUGGCCCUUGGGAAUGAAUUCUCUGUCAACAAUGGGUACAGUCAAAGAUUCAAAUCUUUUUCUGAACUUCCCUCCUGUGAUGAAAAUUGGGCUUUGUAUAGUGACAGGCCAAAAACAGGUCCCAAGUCAGCAACAUCUAUAUCCAGACCUAUUGACUAUGGGAUUUUUGGGAAAGAACAACAGUUGGCUUUCUUGGAGAAUAUAAAGAGGUCACUCACACAAGGAAGAUUAUGGAAACCAAGUUUUCUUAAGAACCCUGGCUUCCUGAAAGAUGAUAUAAUUAACCCUCCCAACCCACUAGUGUCAUUAAGCUCAAAUUCUAACAGUCAGAUACCAGAAGAUGGCUUAUCUUCAAUUGAACGACUCGAUAUCUAUGAGGAGCACCCAGUGGACUCAGAUUGUGACACAGACACAACCACAGAUGAUGAAUACUACCUGGAUGAAAAAGACAAAGAGUCAGAACUGUGAGGUUUUUUGUUUUUUCCAAUAAAACAAAUAACCUUUUCACCAAAAUCUUGUAAUAAAGUAUAAAUGUGUAUGUUGAUGGUAAGGAUAGAUACAAAAGAUCUAGUCUGGACGGUGGUUCCCCGAAACAACCCAGGCUCCCUUUUUUUCUUCCACACCCUGUAUAUACAUUCCUGAGUUCCAGCACAAUGAAUGCUGUUUUGAGGGCUUCUUUGCUGUUUUCUGUCCCCUGCGUAUGUUCCUUGGCGUUUGUUUCCCCCCAACUUAAUCUCUAAUGCAUGGUCCAAUUUUGGCUUUCUGCUUUAUUUUUUCCCUAACAUUUUUACACCUUUCUUUGUGAUUUACAGCCAUAAUAUCCUGGGCAUGUACAAAGCUUAUUAAUUACCCAGCACAAAACCCUCUAUUGCCUUUUCCACACCCUAUACUCAUGACAUUAAAUAAAAUGUAGGGAUCAUGACAACAGAAUAAAUAUUAUCAUCCUCUUUGACUCAUCAACAUUUAGGCGGUUUAGAGGGGUUUUUUUUUUUUCCUUUCAAACAAAGAUAAGGGAAUUUUUAUUUAGAACAUCCUGUUAUAUCCAUAGUAGAGCCAGGGAGGCACGUGUUUGAAGCAUAAUUUGAGGUGACAGGUGAAAAGCUGAAUCCCUAGCUAGCCAGUAAAAAAAAAAAAAAAAAAAAA